AGCCGCUGCUGGCGGUCUGCCGUCUUUUCCCCACUCCGUGUUCCUUGAAUGACUUGUACCGACUUCUUCAGCUGCCGCUCCCUCUAUACACCGGUAGUUUUCCGGUGUCUGGACCUACUUUGUGUGACUUACCAGGAAGCUGGAUCUUCUUCGUGACUGACAGACUUUGAAUCCCUUUAAAGCAGAUUUUCGGAGUGUGUGGGAGAGCAUCAUGUGGAGGAAGGCUUUGGUAGCGGCCCUGCUGGCACUAGCCGUUGGCUAUUUCUACGGCAGUCCAGAGCUGCCGGAGCAGAUCCUGCAGUACAUCAGCCUGCCAAACUUCCAGACUUCAUCUCAAAACCUGAACAGUCAGAACAGCUUGGAGCGGGUGAUCUCCAGCGCCUGGGAGGCUCUGAUAACUCUACCAACCCGGCAGUGGAGCAGAGUGGCAGUGGGGGUAAAUGCCUGCGUGGACGUGGUGGUCUCAGGAGUUUCACUCCUGCAGGCUCUGGCUGUGGAUCCUGGCAUCGGCCAGGAUCACGAAGUGCUGCACUCCAAAGAGGACUUGAAGGAAGCUUUCAUCCAUUACAUGGGGCGUGGAGCGGCCGCUGAGCGCUUCUUCAGUGACAGGGAGGCUUUUCAGAGGAUUGCGCGUGCAGCAGCAGAGUACCCCAAUGCAAAGUUCUACGUGGGAGGAAAUGCUGCCCUGAUUGCUCAGAAGCUUGCAACAUACCCUGAUCUGAUGGUUUUGCUUUGUGGUCCAGUUGGUCCUAAACUUCACGAGAUGUUGGAUGAGCAGAUAAUUGUUCCCCCAGAUUCCCUUCAGGAGACGGAUGAGUUUCACCUCAUCCUGGAGUAUAAAGCAGGUGAGAAAUGGGGUUCAACUCAGGCACCUCAAGCCAACCGCUUCAUCUUUUCUCACGACAUGUCCAACGGGAAGAUGAGCUCACUGGAGACUUUUGUGGUGAGCCUGGAAGAGUUCCAGCCCGAGCUUGUCGUCUUGUCUGGGCUCCACAUGAUGGACGGUCAGGGCCGAGAGCUGUGGGAGGAGCGGCUGAAAGAGGCUGUCUCGGCCAUAUCUGACAUCCGUAAAGACAUUCCCAUCCACCUGGAGUUGGCGAGCAUGACCGACAAAGACUACAUGAACAGCAUAAUGCAGGAGCAGGUUAUGCCCAUUGUCAGCUCCAUUGGGUUGAACGAGCAGGAGCUGCUCUUCCUCUCUCAGGCCGGAGAGGGACCUCAUUCAGAAAUGGAGGCCUGGAAAGGCAUCCCGGAUGUGGGUCGGGUCAGCGACAUCCUCCUGUGGAUCCUGGAGCAGCACGGCCGCAGUGAGCCAUCGUCAGAAGCCGAUCUCACUCGGAUCCACUUCCACACGCUGGCCUACCACAUUCUGGUUACAGUAGACGGAUACUGGGGGAACCAGGUGGCGGCGGUGAUGGCCGGAGCGCGGGUGGCCUGCAAUCAGGCCUGUGGCCUCCAGUCUGUCGAUGUCAGCAAGGUGGAGCUCAGAGCCCCUCUGGAGUUUUAUAGCUCCCACAUUGAGCCCCGGGAGCAGCUGUCCCUGAACCCAGCAGAGCCUGUUACAGUGUGGCGCCGCGGAAACGUCACCUUUUACUUCACACCGGUGCUGGUCUGCAAGCGCCCGCUUCGGACAGUUGGGCUCGGGGAUGCCAUCUCAGCAGAGGGACUGCUUUACUCAGAGUUACUUCCCCAGCAGCCUUUCUGAGGUUUGCUUCCAGCGGACUGUCAGCAUGGCAGACGGUGAGAGGAGCUUAAAAGAACCGGAGAGAUCUCAACUCCUACCGUGGUCGACGGGAUGGAGUUGCCAGAUCUCCAGUUUUAAAUCCAGCCCUUGGACUCAUCCAGCCUGCCCUGAUCCCCUCUGUUGUCCCUCCUUCAUUUUGUUCGGGCUGACACAGAAACUAAGGUCGAACUUUGCUGCGAGGUGGCCUGAGGCUUGAGGCUAUGCACUGGAUGCAGUUCGAAAGCCAUCUUCGCAAACUCCAAAGAGUUUUGUCGGCUCAGCAAAAUUUCCUUCUGACCUGCAUAUCUUCAGUAUGCUGUGCCUUGAGAAAAUACACGAGAAGUUAUUGUUAAAUAUUUUAUCCAUAUUAUAGAGCUGAACAAACAAAAAUGACCUUGAAGCUGUGACACGAACAGCUGAAACUGGAAACGGAUGCACAUGUGACCAUGUGGUAGAGUUAAGCGAUAGAUUUGCUUCUUCAACUUUGGGUGCAUAGAGCUUAGUCAAUAGAACAGCUUUAAAGGGUUAUUCUGUCAUGUUUAUCAAGCAUUACUCAGUGUCUGACUUAUUUACACGUAAGAACUGUUAUCUAUGUUAUCUAAGCAUACUUGACUUUGACUUUAUAUUAUUUCUUAGCACAGAGAAAACACUAGACUGUGACAACUUGUGUUUUGUUUGUUUGUUUGUUUGUUUUUCUAGUGUUUGACCAAAACACUCUGGCAUACUAUGACAUUUUAAGCUUGAAACCUCUACAGCACCAUCCUUAUUUUUUUAAUAAUGAAUAAGAAAGUCUCAUAUGGCGACUUGAAAUAUGCUUCUGAAGCGGGUCCUUCUUUAUGCA